AUCCAAUCCAUAGUAACACAUUUGCGCCAUUGUCUUUUCCUUCUUUCUUCUUCUUUAUUCCCAUUUCAUUCUUCUGUUCUGAACAACAAACUUCCUCUUCUCUCCUUCUCUAUUAUCUGUCUCUUCCCACAAAGGAAGAAACAAAUAAAACAGAGACAUUGAGAAGCAGAGAAUCUCUGCACAAACACAUCCAACUUUCCUCCUUAUUUUCCCUUCUCCUCCCACACUCUCAUCUUCCUGUUCACCCUUUUUCCCUCCUCAGUUAGCCCCGCCUCUUGUGCGCCUCAAAAUUUUCAAUUUUUCGCUUUCCCCAAAAGAUCAAUUCGGCUAAAUUGUUACCUCUGCCGAGACCCGCUUCACAGCUUGGACCAACUUUCGUGAUUUUUCCCGUUUGUUUGGAGCAUCUGGGUCGGUGAGGGGUAGCCGGGUAAUCAUGCCGCCGGCUGUGAUGGAUCCACCAUUGCCGGAAUCAUCGUCGGUGCUGUCUUUUUCCUCCGACAUCGUUUUUCAGGGAACGGAGCCUGAUAACCGGCGAUUCGGGAAUCUUAGAGGUCUACAGUGGCGUAUAAAUCUUGGGGUAUUGCCAUCUUCUUCCAUUGACGAUCUUCGUCGUGCCACUGCUAAUUCUAGAAGGAGGUAUGCCUGUUUGAGAGGGCGCCUUUUGGUUGAUCCUCAUGCUGUAAAGGAUGAAAGUAGUUUGCCUAAUCUUGUCAUGGAUAACCCGCUUUCACAAAAUCCAGACAGUACAUGGAGUCGCUUUUUUCGCAAUGCAGAAAUAGAGAGGAUGAUUGAUCAGGAUUUGUCACGUUUAUACCCAGAACAUGGCAACUAUUUCCAGACGCCAGGAUGCCUAGGCAUAUUGAGACGAAUUUUAUUACUAUGGUGUCACAGACACCCAGAGUGUGGUUACAGACAAGGAAUGCAUGAAUUACUUGCUCCGGUGCUUUAUGUACUCCAAUAUGAUGUGGAGUGUCUUUUAGAAGUUCGAAAGCUUUAUGAAGAUCACUUCACAGACAGAUUUGAUGACCUCCUUUGUCAAGAAAAUGAUCUUUCUUAUAACUUUGAUUUUAGAAAAUCUUCUGACUCGAAGGAGGAUGGAAUUGACUCCAAUGGAAAUGCAAUGAAAAUCAAGAGUCUCGAUGAGCUUGACCCCAAGAUACAGAACAUUGUGUUGCUAAGUGACGCUUAUGGGGCAGAAGGUGAACUAGGCAUUGUUUUAUCUGAGAAAUUCAUCGAACAUGAUGCUUAUUGUAUGUUUGAUGCUUUGAUGAAUGGGGCUCGUGGUUCAAUUUCAAUGAUCGAUUUCUUCUCCUAUUCCCCUUUGCCUGGGUCCCAUACUGGCUUGCCUCCUGUAAUUGAAGCUUCUGCUGCAUUGUAUCAUUUGUUGUCUCAUGUGGAUUCAUCUCUGCAUGCCCAUCUUGUUGAUCUCGGGGUUGAACCCCAGUACUUUGCUCUCCGCUGGUUGCGAGUUUUAUUUGGCCGAGAAUUUUCACUCAGCAACCUUCUAAUAAUCUGGGAUGAAAUAUUUUUAUCAGAUAAUAGUAAAGUGGAAAAACAUGUCGAGGACAAUGCAGACUCUGGUUUUAGGAUCUUCAAUUCGUCUCGUGGAGCAUUUAUCUCUGCUAUGGCAGUAGCAAUGAUGCUUCAUUUAAGAUCUUCACUUCUUGCUGCAGAAAAUCCUACAACCUGUCUUCAGAGAUUAUUAAACUUCCCUGAGAACACGGAUAUUGAAAAACUAAUAGAGAAGGCUAAAUCCUUGCAGGCUCUUGCAUUAAGUACUGAGAUUUCAUCGUCGAUGCCCUCAUUUGUCGAGUAUCAUAACCAGGUCAAACCAGUUAUUGCAAGAUCUCACACCCUUUCAUCUGAAUCAAUCUCUCCGAAAACUCCUGUGAAUUUGGUACCUGAGAGCUACUGGGAAAAAAAGUGGAGAGUUGUCCACGAGGCUGAAGAACUCAAACAAGAUGGGGUGGAAAAACAGGUUCCAUCUCGGAAGAAGGGAUGGACAGAAAAGGUGAAGUUCAGUUUGAGAAGAACAGAAUCUGACCCCUCUUCACCAAGGUCUAGGAGUGGUAAAAAGGAAUCCAAGUCACCAGUUAGGCGCAGUUUGUUAGAAGAUCUAUCUAAGGAACUUGGCUUUGAGGAAGAUACUGAAAAACUCAACAGUCAUGAUAAUCUGCCUGCAACAGUUGAAGAGGAGCAACGGGAAGACGGUUCGGCAUGCAACAGCUGUUGUUCUCCUGCAGAUAGAUGUCAAAGUCAAAACACAAGUAGUGUGGAAAACUCACCUGCUAUGUAUUGCUCAGCUAGCCCUCCUGACGAGGCCAAUGAUCUCAAAAAUGACUGUGAGAAGAGUAGUGUUGGAUCUAAUUUAUCCCUUGAUGGAAUUAGUGAUGCAUCACUUAGUAGUCCCUUUGAUUCACCUCUUCCAAUCUCUGAUCAUCCUCAGAACGUAUCAAACACAACAGGGAAAAAUAAUAACAUUUCUGCUGGAAAUUCAACCACGCAUUCCAAGGAGAGAAAAUUGAACAAAUUUCAGUGGCUAUGGAAGCUUGGACGGAAUAAUGGCGAGUUUACUUUAGAGAAAGGAAGCGAUGCUUCUGAGGCAAUAAAACCUGCCAACAGUUGUGAUGACCAAAGCAAUACAGUACCCUCUUCUACAGCCAAUACGCAUUGUAGUCCUCUUGGUUACAAAGGGGAAUCUACAGAACAGAAUAUGACGGACACUAUGAGGAACAUUGGGCAGUCAAUGCUUGAGCAUAUCCAGGUGAUAGAGAAAGCUUUCCAACAGUGGGGAGAGGGAGUAUCAUUGGAUAACAUGUCUGAAAACGUUGUGUUGGGUGAAGAGCGGGUUACUCCCAUGUCAGCUCUGAAGGAGCUACGCAAAAUCAGCAAUAUUUUGUCUGAGAUAUGAGCCGAAUCUUACAUUCACCUGUUCUGUGUGUGUUGUGUGUUGUGUGUGUGUAUAUAUUGUAAUUAUAAUUUUUUAGUGGCAAUUAUGUAAAUGAGAUUCUUCUGCUUCACCUCUAUAUAUACCUCACGAAUCCCAUAGAUUUGCAGUGAUGGACUUGUAAAUACCAAUAUUGCAGUUACCAUCAAAUAAAGUAAGGUGCUCCAUUCCUGUUUAUCA